AUGUGCGGCGUGGUGUGCGGGGGUGGCGGCGCGAAGCGUACAGCCGGGGUGUGCGGCGGCGCCCGGCCAGUCGCGCGGUCUCGCGCCCGCCCAGCCUUCGCUGUGCCCCGCGAUCCGAACGGACGCGGCCGCGUGGCCACACAUCGACACUGGAAACUAACAGAAAACCGCCACGAUAAUCGGCCACGACACUACCACGUUCCAAAUAAUUGCUGUAACUGUGAUAUUUGUACAAAAAUCGUCAGAAUUUGUCGACUCAGGCCAUGCGGGUACACAAAAUAG